AUGCCACCUCCUAAGAUAGAAGAAGUGAGUUCUGUGAAGUCUGAAGUGGAUCAUGUGCCUGAACCAAAACCUAUCAAGAAAAAUCCCUUUGCUACAAAACAGAAACGGACUACUAUACGAAGAAAGGCUGAUGACAUAUAUCCAGUUACUAAAGGUUUAAACAAACCUCAGAAUGUAGGGAACAAGCCUAUAGAUAAAUUAUUUAUAGAAUUGGAAGAUGCAUUUGGUGAUAAGAGUUAUACCACCAUCACAGUUGAUUCACUUUACAAUAAGUUCUUCCCUAAUGAUGAGGAAGAUGAUAAGUAUCAAAAGAGAUAUAAAGUUGUUGAACAUCUACUUAAUAAGUUAAUAGAAAUUCAAAAAUUAUCUAAUGAAAAUACUCCAAUGAAUGAUAAAAAUUUGAUUAGAAUAUCCUUACAUGAUAUGAAAACCUUUAGUAAAGUAGUAAAUUUAAUAAUUAUUCAUGGUGUAUAUCCUACUAUAGCAUCUUUCCAUAUUGGUAUACCAUUUGAAAAGAGAAAUUUACGAGAAUUUAGUAAAACUGAUUUUAAAUUACCUGAAAUUGAAAAAUUGUUACCUAAUUCCAAACUUCCUAAUCCUACAUUUCAAAUUGAAGGGCUUAUGCUUUUAAUUUAUCAUAAAUUUUAUCAAAUUUUUCAAAUUGAUUCUGAUGUACGAGAUCUUUUAUUAAAAGGUACUGGAUAUUCAGAUUUCCUUACAAUAGCCUUAGCUUUGAUGACUAUCCCUGCUAUUAAUACCAGAUAUGAUAUUAAUGAUGAAUUUGACUCUAUAUUACGAGUUCCACUGACUUUUGAAUUAUUUCAAACUUUUACUUUACUUGCAUCAACACCAUCUCCUUCAUAUUUCAAACAACCAGUAUUACAUAUAUUACAUACAUUGCAUUAUAAUGCCCCUCGGAAUGAUGGUUUAUUAAGCUUAAUUGAGUUUGUCCUUGGAUUAAGAGAUCAAGAAGAAGUAAAUGUUGAAAAAUUUGAACAUUUGGCCAAUGUAGUCUUAUCUAAACCAAGGGAAAUUCCUACAACUGAUUAUUUUAAUGUUAUUGGGAAACAAGUCUAUGAUUUGUUAGUAAAUAUAAAUCGCCCUAUAGUUACAAGUUGUUUAGGAUAUGUUUUAGAGAAAUUAUGGAAUAGAAAUCCACGAGUUGCUAAGGAUUUCAUUAUAGCUAGGAUUUGGAAUAAUUUAAAUCCAAUUGAUGAACCUAUCAGUGAAGCAAAUUUGAAUAAUGUGGUGAAUGUUCUUAUUUCAUUAACCAAGAAAUCAUUAGAUUCUGAAUUAUUAGAAGCAAUUUUUCAACCGAUUCUCCUUAAUUUAUGGUCUUAUUAUGUUUAUCUUAACAAAAGUAAAAGAUCAUCUGAAGUGGUAUUAGGAAUAUUAGUAAGUUAUUUGACAACUGUGAAGGAAAACCAAUCUUAUGGUCUUGAUGUUAUAGCAAAGAAUUUAAUUUAUGAAAUAGAAAAUUUUCAUUUUGAAAUCGGACCAAAUGAUUUAGUUCAAAUCUCUUUAAAUUCUACAAACAUUCAAAAUUCUUCUAAAGAGAAUAGAGUUAAUCAAUUCUUAGCAGAUUUGGAUUUUAAUUGUGAAAUAUUCAUUAAAUUACUUGAAAAUUUGGAAGAUGACACUCUUGUUCAUCAAUUAUUUAUAUCAAUAUUAAAAAGGUGGUUAGAUACACAACAAAGUCAAAGUGAAAGCCUUGAAGAACAAAGUCCUUUCUUAAUUCUUAUUGAUUUACGUUUACUUGAAAGUUUAACCAAUAAAUAUAAGGAUAGCUUAGCAAGUACACCAUUUGAAAUUUUACAAAUAAUUUAUAAUUUCUUAUCUGUGAAUAUUCAAAGAAAGACUUCACCUAUUAAGUCCGAAUUAUUAGUUUCAUCUAAAGAGCAAGGUGAUUCAGAUGAUGAUGAUUCAGAUGAUGAUGAAGAAAUUGAUGGAGAUUUCAUGCAACAGACAUUGCCAACUGUAUUAGAGUUAUUGUCAGCAAUAUUAUCUGAAAAUACAGUUGAAUUAGAAGAAACUUCAAUAGAAGUACUUAAAAAGAUUCAAAAAUCACUUGAAAGAUUUAUAAAUGGAUCAGGAAUAUCACCAACUAUUAAAAGUUCAAGUGAAUCAUUACAUAGUAGAAUUGGUAUAUUAUUAAAUGGAGAAACUCCAGUUACUAAUGAAGAAGAUGCUCAAAAGAAGAUCCUUAAGAGAGCAGUUACCAAUCUAAAUGAUCCAUUAGUUCCUAUUCGAGCUCAUGGUUUAUAUUUAUUAAGACAAUUAAUAGAGAUGAAGACUCUGGUGGUAUCUCUUGAUUUUGUUAUUAAUUUACAUUUAAUUCAAUUAAAGGAUAAUGAUCCUUUCAUUUAUAUAAAUGUCAUUAAAGGUUUGGAAAGUUUAAUUGAUUGGGAUGAAGAUCAAGUAUUAACAAUUAUGACUAAAUUAUAUGAAUCUCCAGAAGAAGAUUUAGAUGAUCGUUUAAAGAUAGGUGAAGUUUUACUUCGAUACGUUCAAAAAUAUAAAGAAUUAUUAACUGGAGAUAAUGCUAAGCGACUUGUUGAAAGUUGUCUUAAUAUAAUUAGAAGAAAACUGAUAAAAGAAGAAGAUCAAGAUAAUAGAUUACGUAUGUCAAGUAUGUCAAUUCUUGGGACUACCUGUAAAACCAAUCCCUUAGGAAUUAUAGGAUAUUUAGAGGAUGCUAUUGAUUGUGCUAUUGGUAUCUUACAAUUAGAAAAGAGUAAAGAUGAAUCAAUAAUGAGAAGAGCUGCAAUAGUAUUACUUGAUGAUAUGAUUAUGGGGACUUCAUUAACUGAUAAUGUUCCCUUUCCCCGUAAAUAUCAACAAAAUGUCAUUAAUUUAUUAAGAUAUAUCACACAAACUGAUAAUGAUUUACUAACAAGAGAAAAUGCUCAACAAGUCUUAGAUUCCAUUCAUGAGUUAGCUUCACUCUCAUUGACUGAUUGA